ACCCGCAGAAAGCCUAUUUAAAAAGGAAAGGGAUGAGUCCUGCGCUCCUGACUCCGUAACCCCCCUCUUGAAGGACCCAGCUUUCUCUCCGGCUGCGCGGCCCUCGAUCUGGAUCGGCAUAAAUGAAUGAAACACAGGGGAAUAUCGACAGACAAGCGCGCAGGAAAACUCUCUAUCAGAGCGGCCUGCCAGUGCCAAGAGGAAUUUAUGUCGGGCUUGACAGGCACAUCAACGUGAGUUCUGUCCUCUGGAAGUUCAUCUCCAGCUUGUCAAAUGCGUAAAACGGCGACCGGUGCCUUCUGCUGCCCCCCUCGCAAAGGAGUCACGCUGUGAUUAACGGAUCAGGUUUUUGACUGCCGGGACAAAUGAAUACAAAUGAAUUUAGGCACCCGAAGGAGAGAUUGCAGAACCUCUCAUCUAGACACAAAGAGAGCCCUACUGCUCUGCACCGUUUUAUAUUGUACUUGUUACCUGGGACUUACACAAGUACACUCUGAAGAUGUGGACAUCCUCCAAAAGUUGGGGCUUAAGGGAGAAAAGCCGUCACGCUCGGUGCCUGCAGGGGUCAUUCCAUUCAGAUCAGGGAUCAUCAUCAACCAGCGGGCACACAUCGAGGCUCCAUUGCACUCAGUCUUCCCAGCAGCCGUCGGACCCAACUUGGCACUGGUCCUGAGUGUGCGCUCACACCGUGUCAACAGUGCUUUCCUCUUCACCGUUCUCUCAGACCACAGGAAGAUCCUUCUUGGUCUGCAGCUUGUACCUGGAAAUCUGGUCCUUCACACGGGACCGAACACCUCGGUGGCACUGCCCUAUGAGCCCCAUGAUGGUCAGUGGCACCAGCUUGCAGUUGGGAUUAAUGGACGGAGAGUGACUCUAUAUGCCUCCUGCGGAGAGCAGAGUGUUCAUGCAGACUUUGGGUCGGACAGUGAUGAGGGACUCGCUCCAGAGCUCCAGGGCUCCUUCCUGCUGGGGCGGACAAGCCAGCAACAAUACUCAGCACACUUUGAAGGAGCCAUCUGCCAAUUUGAUCUGGUCCCUUCUGCACAGGCAGCUCACAACUACUGCAAGUACAUUAAGAAACAGUGCAGGGAAGCUGACACAUAUAGGCCUAACCUUCCUCCCCUGCUUCCAAUCCUACCACGAGAAACAAACAUCACAGCCACCGCUGCUACCCCUAAACGUAGUGGCCCAGAAACGGCCAAGAAGGCCACAGGGCAGAGCCUUGCCAGGAGUGUUGCAGCCGCUGCCUCAGCUGUCAGAUAUGUAGCUUCCACCCAAACAAUGAAACCCAACCCUGGGACCAUUCCUACACCCCUGCUGGGAACUGUGAUGCCAGUCACAGUCCAGCUAGGUUUGGCCUCGCCGCCUCCGAAGGCCAGGACAGAAACAGUCACAGCACCACUCAGGACAAGAGUACCCUCCACCAAACCACCAAUCCCAAGACCCACGACUUUUAAAGCUUCAAAUCAGAAACCCUCCAAACCUACUUCCCCAAAGCCCACACCUCAUAACACCACCAAAAGGACAAUCUCAAAAACAGACAACAAGAAAAAACCUACAAUUCCAGCCACUACCAGCACCAAACCUUCCAAGACAAAACCUGACUCUACUUUAUCAGACCAAGAUGCAGUCCCAAAGAAACCACAACCCACCACAGCCAAGAAAGCAUCUCCCAAUCCUAAAGUUACAGCAUCCAAAGCGACUCAGUCCAAAACCAAAGCAAAUUCUGUCAAAGUUGUCCCUUCAAAACCAACAAUAUCCAAAGUCAACCCCUCAAAAUCCACAAUCUCUAAAAUUAUGACUGCCAAAACCUCCAAGCCAACGAUCAAACAGGUCACCAAGCCCAAAACAACCAAGGCUCCAGUCACCCCGCCUACGACCAGACCUUCAUACAGCACAGUAACACCACCUGCUACUGAUGGCUUCCAGAGCUGGGAGGUGCCACCUACUCAGUUAUCCCUGCUAGCUGGACCUGUAGGACAGAAAGGAGAGGUCGGCUUAUCGGGACCGCCAGGACCUCCAGGGAAGCCAGGCCUGCCAGGCAAGAAGGGUCCUCGGGGCGAUCCUGGUCCCCAUGGUAACCCUGGCCGAACUGGUCCACCUGGGCUCAAGGGGAGAAAAGGAGACCCUGGCAUCUCACCUGGUCCAGCACCCAAAGGAGAUAAGGGAGACUCAGGGAUAAUUGGCCCGGUUGGACUGACUGGACAGGACGGCCGAAAGGGACAGAGAGGUUACGCUGGUCCACCUGGACUCCCUGGAGAAUCUGGAGAGCAAGGUCCAGUCGGAAGCCCAGGUGCCAAAGGUUAUCCUGGCAGGCAGGGUUUACCAGGGCCAAUAGGACCAUUGGGGCCUAAAGGCGUUCGGGGUUUCAUUGGAAUCCCGGGGCUUUUUGGCCUGCCCGGUGCUGAUGGCGAAAGAGGAAUUCCCGGCGAACCAGGAAAGAGGGGCAAGAUGGGUAGGCCGGGGUUUCCAGGGGACUUCGGGGAGAGAGGACCACCUGGGCCAGAUGGAGAGCCAGGUGACCUGGGAGCCCCUGGUCCAAACGGAGUUCUUGGACUGAUUGGAGAUAUGGGACCUUUGGGAGAGAUGGGCCUUCCAGGACCUAAUGGACUGAAGGGGGUGCCCGGAAAUCAAGGAGAACCAGGACUGAAAGGUGAUAAGGGUGAUCUCGGGAUUCCUGGAGAGCAAGGGGAGAUGGGGUACAAUGGAGACAAGGGCAUCCAGGGAGCGCCAGGGUUACCAGGCAUCCAGGGGAUACCAGGACUACAGGGCAAGUUGGGAGAGAGGGGGCCUGAUGGUACACCUGGACCUCCAGGCCCUGAGGGCUUCCCUGGUGACAUGGGACCACCAGGAGAGAACGGCCUUGAAGGACCAAAGGGAAAACUAGGGGCCAGAGGUUUACCAGGGCCUCGAGGGGUGGCUGGCUUGGAGGGAGAUGAGGGCCCGAUCGGACCACCGGGCCCAACAGGACUCGAGGGUAGAAUGGGCAGAAAAGGAUUUCCUGGUAAUGUUGGGCCAGAGGGACUCAAGGGGGAGCUUGGUGUCCCAGGAUUGGUUGGAACAAUGGGAGAAAGGGGCUUGGUGGGUUUCAUCGGACCUGUGGGAGAGGAAGGACUGGCAGGAGAGAAGGGGGAUCGAGGGGAGAUGGGCCUUCCGGGACCAGCUGGAGAAAAGGGAUCAACGGGUCACACAGGGACACCAGGGGCGACUGGGCCUACAGGACCACUAGGAAGAACAGGCCCCCCUGGAGCGACUGGGCCAGCCGGUACCAGAGGACCAAAAGGCUUGCGGGGGGCGAUAGGACCUGACGGUCCUACAGGAGAGAUGGGGUUAGAGGGCAAGAAGGGUCUUGAUGGUCCUCCAGGAAAAUUAGGUUUCCCUGGACUACAGGGGAAGCUCGGCGAGGCUGGGGAAACUGGGCCUAAAGGUUUUCCUGGUAUCCAAGGGCCCUCAGGACCUCCAGGGGACAAGGGAAUAGCAGGCGAGCCGGGACCAUCUGGGCCACCAGGGACUGUGGGACUGCUGGGAGAGAUAGGUCAAAAGGGUCCUCCAGGCAAGGUGGGGGAGCCAGGACUGCCAGGCGAGCCAGGGGAGAAGGGAGCCGUUGGUACUGCUGGGAACAUCGGAGAGCAGGGACUCAUGGGACAGCGGGGAGAACCAGGCCUAGAGGGAGAAGGUGGUCAAUCCGGUCCAGAUGGAGCCAAGGGUGAAAAAGGUGACAUGGGUCAGGAGGGCGAUACAGGAGAAAAAGGUGAAAUUGGCCUAAAGGGAAAGGAGGGCCCACCUGGAAGUCCUGGACUCACUGGCGUCAGAGGUCAAGAAGGGAAACCUGGCAAAAUGGGGGAAAGAGGCAAACUAGGCUCAAAGGGUGCUAAAGGUCAUCUAGGUUACCUUGGGGAGACUGGGACAGUGGGGAAGACAGGGCCGCCGGGUUUUGUUGGACCGAAGGGAUCAAGAGGAACAAUUGGACACGUGGGAGCUCCUGGUCGAAUGGGUCAACAGGGAGAAACUGGUCUUGCAGGUUAUGAGGGCCAUCAGGGACCACAGGGCCCCAUUGGGCCUCCAGGACCAAAAGCUGAAAAGGGUGAGCAGGGGGAUGAUGGAAAAGUAGAGGGUCCUCCUGGUCCUCCAGGUGACACAGGUCCUCCCGGUAUCAGAGGGGAAAGAGGGGAAUCAGGAGAUCCGGGUUACAAAGGUCAAAUUGGUGUGGAUGGAGAGAGAGGCAGGUCUGGAGCUCAUGGUCUACCUGGACACCCUGGACCUCGUGGGCAACAAGGACACAAAGGGUCUAAAGGAGAUCAAGGUCGUAAAGGCAAAAAGGGUCAGAACGGACAAAAAGGAACCAGAGGAACAGAGGGUCUGGGUGGUCCUUCUGGUCCCAGAGGUGUGGUGGGUCGAGAGGGACAGGAGGGUGCACCAGGGAUUGAUGGAGUCCUGGGGAAGGAUGGCAGUAAAGGCAUGCCGGGAGAGCAUGGGGAUGAUGGGGAGGCUGGUCUUCCCGGCAAAGCUGGCUCACAUGGUAAAACUGGCGUCCCAGGACUCCCGGGUGAUCAGGGGGGCAUUGGACCAAAGGGUGAGCGGGGUCUCCGAGGCCAGAGUGGACCUCUUGGGAAGAAAGGCUUCAGAGGUGGAAUGGGGUUGCCAGGACCACAGGGAGACCUAGGAUCCAAAGGACAACCUGGUGAUACAGGGGAAGCGGGUUUUCCAGGAAUUCUGGGAGUUUUUGGACCAAGGGGACCUCCAGGAGACUUUGGACCAAAGGGCAUACGGGGACCCAAGGGGCCACAGGGUUCAAUGGGCAGAGGAGGAGUAGUUGGCCCCAUGGGAAUUACUGGCCCUAACGGAAAUUUUGGUCCUAGAGGAGAGAAGGGCAAUCGUGGAGAAACUGGAUUUCAAGGACCAACGGGAUCUCCAGGACCUCGUGGACCCCCUGGACCUCCAGGUCCCCUGACUGUCCCUUCGUCAUUUAAAGAAGACGGCAUUUUGUUCAUGGAUUCACACACCUCACUCAGGACUGAGAAUAAGCCAGUGAUGGACCUGCCGAUGUUGGACCAGGGCGCCGAGAUCUUUAAGACCCUCCACUACCUCAGUAACCUGGUUCAGAGCCUGAAGAACCCACUGGGAGCUCGGGACAACCCUGCCCGCAUCUGCAGGGACCUGCAUAGCUGUGAACAGAAGUUAAAUGAUGGCACUUAUUGGAUUGACCCCAACCUGGGCUGUAUGUCAGAUACAAUAGAAGUCUCCUGCAACUUUACUGGAGGUGGACAGACCUGCCUGAAGCCAGUAACGGUAUCCAAGCCAACAAUCAGCAUUGGUCGUGUCCAGAUGAAUUUCCUACACCUGCUGAGUUCAGAUGCCGUGCAGCACAUCAUCAUCCACUGCCUGAACGUCUCCAUUUGGAGGUCAGCUGAGGAUCAGCUGGUUGCCCAGGGGUCUGUGAGAUUCAAAGCUUGGAGUGGAGAGGUGUUCGAAGCGGGAGGAGAGCUGGAGCCAGAAGUCAUAGAAGACUCCUGCAUGAUAAGAGAUGGUCGCUGGCACCAGACCCAUUUUGUGUUCCACUCGCUGGACCCCACCCUGCUCCCUUUGGUCGACGUCUACAACCUUCCGACCUCUACUCCCGGCUCACGUUACCACCUAGAAGUAGGUCCUGUGUGUUUCCUGUGAGGGCUGCAGCGUCACUCCCCUCGGACCAUGGUGGGAUGGAUCAUCACCCCUGGGUGACAUCUUUGUGCAGACGUGGAGUUCGGAGCAGUCUCCUUCGAUCCACGGCCAAGCUCUACCCAAGCGAGAUCAAGUCCCCGCCCUCCCAAACAGAUCCUGCUUCACUCUGCCAAAUUCCCAUUGGACUGCAGACACAGAGGGAGGACGCGUGGGAAGCAAGGGGGACAAAGAAGAUCUGAGGAGGAGCAGGGGAGUUCUUGCACUAAUGGCUUCUCAAUACGGCAAAAGCUUCUUCAAGCUCUUCAAGAAGGAUCUCCACAUGUACAACUGCUUGGAGAAGAAAAAAGGCUCUAUGCCACACAAUCUCUCUUGAACAUUGCUGAGUGAAGGGAGAACAAGGCCAAGUCAAUCAGUGGACAUUAUAGUAACUUAUUUUUAUAUACAGUUUGUAUACUGUGUGUACUUUUUUGGAAAUACCAGGAAUUCAAUUCUGUCAGAAGAGAAGAAUAAAAGUAAUUGGGAUCAUUUAAAUGUAUAUAUAUAAGUAUGCGUAUUAUUAUAACUUUUAUACAUGUAUAUCUUAUGUAAAGAAAUAACCUUCAAGUGCAAUAGAAAAUGAGAAGAUAAUUUGAGAUUUUAAACUAAUAUGGAAGGAUUUUUCAGGGGUGCCAUUCUGUUUGCCCUUGGUGCUCAUCUCCUCCUGAUCUUGCUUGUGUGGAUUUAUCCAGAGGCAGGCUCAUUUGCAUAUAUUACAUCUGCAUUUACUAAUGCUCCAAAUGGGAGCAUUCAGAUUCCUCUCUAACGUGGGAACAACCAGUAACAUCCAGUCAACUCCCAGUUAAUUACGUCUGAAGCCAUUCACGGUUCACAUGGGUCAGGGCAUUAAAUAUUAUUUUUUUUGCCAUACUUAUAACUCAUACUCAAUUGAACCAGAUGCCAGUGAUGAUUGGGGGAAAUAUAUGCGGUUGUGGACGUUAGAAGAAAAAUAUACCUAAGCGUAUAGAGCUCUAGUUCUCAAAAGUGUUUUAUUAAUUGCUCUUCUACUGUGGAGUGUCACAUCAGUCUUACGAGGAGUGUCUACCUUAUUCACAGUAGACGGAUCACAAAUACAGGCAAUACCUAGAGGAGAAAUGAGCCACAGGAGAGGGGAGAGUGGGUCCAGGUAUCAAAAUUAAACGCCCUCUUUUGAAUGCCACCUUCUCUUUAAUGCAUGGUGCUAAGUAAAUUAUCUAAGGUGCUAAUCAUAGUGCUGUAAUUACACCACUUUUCUAAACUAUUCUGAUGUUUUCUUUUUGUGCAUGCUUGCCUAGAUUAAUAAGAUAAAGUCUGUAUAUUGUCAUCGCUUCCAUUAUCCACUACAACAGUAAUAUCCCACCCAUAGUUCCCUAAUAGUCAACCAUUGGUACAGUUUAUUUUUUCAAUGUUGCAAUUUAUUCUGAGGGAAAAUAUUUUAGAAAUAACUUUAAAAACUCCAAAAACAGAUUCUUCUUUUGUAUCCAGUAUAAAUCACAGGGUUUGAAGUAUUUUAUAUGAGUAAUAAAAUGUUGUUUUUUUCUGUACAAAGCCCCCAAAAGCUGUAUGUAAUAUUUUAGAAACACAUGUAGUGGAGAUAGUUUUAAUUAAAUUUAAGUUUCUUUGUUGUAGCUGGACACAAGUGUGUAUAAUUGUGCAAAUCUUUCUGUAUACAGUGGAAAUCCCCUCUUGCUAAUUUAAUGUUAUUUAAUGUUGUAAACGUGGUGGCCAACUAAGCAAAUAUCUGUUGGUUAAAGCAAUACUACUCUUUAUGACAUCUUUAUAUAUCAGUUCGCCCAACUGGUCUUGGAGUUAAUAGAUUUUAUAUGUGUAAAUUUGGGGCUCCAGAGAACAAAUUUAUUACAAUGUUAAUUAUCUUUUAUUUUUUUAAUUUUUGUUAUAAUGCUUUAUGUUGUUUUUUUCCUCUAUGAUAAUCAACCAUGUACUGUACCAGGACUCUGUGCUAUACUAUAACUUGUGUUUUUAAGGAAUUAUGCAAAUAUGUGAAAAUCGAUUCUUCUUUUUUUUUGUUUGUAAAUCUGUUGUAGACAUUAAAACGAGAUCAGAAUACCUCACAGUUUUACAAAUCCCAUCGCUAAGGUUGUCUAUUGCCUUCCUCUAUCAUUUAAAUAUCUGUUUGAAAGUAUCAGCCAAAUACAGUAAGUCAUCAAACUCUGUACAAAACCAUUUCUGGUCUCUACAUCCUUUGCCUUUCUACUUUAUCCAUUGCUCAGUGUCCAUUUGUUCAAUAAAAACUUUCAAUUUG